AUGGCAUCUGCUCUCAGUAUCCUCUUCCUCGGGCAGGAAUACCCCAAACCCACCAUCUCGGUGAGCCCCAGCAGGGUGGUGGCGCUCGGGGGAACCGUCACCAUCCGCUGUGAGGGUUUGUACCUGGACAUGGAGUUCUUUCUGCGUAAAACUGGACAACCGAACCCGCAGAGGCAGACGGUGCCUGAUGGGACCAUGGCUGAAUUUCCCAUCCCCAGUGUCAGCCGGGAAGAUGGAGGGAGCUACACCUGCGACUAUCGCUCCAUAGCGGAUCAGAGUCGCACAUCGCAUCCCAGCGACCCCGUUGAGAUCAUUGUAGGAGAGCCCACUCUGCCCAAGCCCUCCGUCUCCGUCCGCCCCAUCGCGGGGGUCUCCCUGGGGGGAGCCGUGGCCAUCUGGUGUCGGGGGCAGCGCCAGGGCAUGCGGUUCGUGCUGAAUACAGAUGGACGCCAUUUCCCACCUGUGGAUUCGGGCGACUUUGAGACUGUGUUUCCCAUCAGCAACGUGAGCCGGGAGGACGGCGGGAGCUACAGCUGCUCCUAUCACAACAGAUUGGAGCCGAUCGCCGUGUCGUAUCCCAGCGACCCCAUGGAGCUGGUGGUGGGAGAUCCCAGCUUACCCAGACCCUCCAUCUCUCUGAGCCCCACUGGGGUCACCACCCCAGGGGCAAACGUCACCAUCCGGUGCCAGGGGCAGCGCCGGAAUGUGACGUUCUUCCUGCACAAGCCUCGAGACCGGAACCCGCAGCGACACGUGGACCCUGCUGGGGACUGGGCCGAGUUCCUCAUCACCACCAUGGGCCGGCAGCAGGGAGGGAGCUACAGCUGCAGCUACCGGCCCCGAUCAGAGCCCUUCGUCUCCUCAGAGCCCAGCGACCCCGUGCAGCUGGUGGUAGCAGAGCCCAGCUUACCCAGACCCUCCAUCUCUCUGAGCCCCACUGGGGUCACCGCCCCAGGGGCAGACGUCACCAUCCGGUGUCAGGGGCAGCGCCGGGACGUGAGGUUCUUCCUGCACAAGGCUGGAGACUCGAACCCGCAGCGACACAUGGACCCUGCUGGGGCCGGGGCCGAGUUCCGCAUCCCCACCAUGGGCCGGCAGCACGGAGGGAGCUACAGCUGCAGCUACCAGCCCCAAUCCGAGUCCUUCGUCUUCUCGGAGCCCAGUGACCCCGUGGAGCUGGUGGGGCUGCUCAGCCGGCCCCUCCCCACUCCCCUGGAUGCCCAGCACUCAAUGGGGAGCUGUGCUGGGUGGGGGCCGGUGGCUGGGUCGCUGUGUCAGCCCCUCCCCGCCCGGGGUCUGCGUCUCACAGCCUGUCUCCUUCUGCUCCCAGAGCCCACUCUGCGCAAGCCCAUCAUCAGCCCCAGUGGGGAGGUCUCCCUGGGGGGAACUGUGUCCAUCUGGUGUUGGGGGCAGGGCCAGGGCGUGCGGAUCGUGCUGAAUAAAGGGGGACGCCAUGUUGCACACGUGGAUUCGGAGAAGUCGGAGUUUGUGUUUCCCAUCAACAACGUGCGCCGGGAGCAGGGCGGGAACUACAGCUGCUCCCAUCACAGCAGGUCGGAGCCGUUCGUCAGGUGGAGCGACCCCGUGGAGCUGGUGGUGAGAGGGUAAGGACCAGCCCCGAGACAGAGCAGAUGAGACCCCAGCUCUGCUUCCCACCCCGAUCUACCUGCCCUACGAUUCAGGACUCCUGGGUUCUCUCCCUGGCUCGGGAUGGGAAGUGGUGUGCAGUG